CGCGAAAACACCAUCUACAUCAUUCGAACCCCAUCAACAGCCCCACAGGAUCCUCAUUCGAGAUGUCCAGCAAAAGCAUGUCCGUUCAAUUCCGCUACGCCGAUGACAUGGGAUUCGGCACGGCGGAGAUCCGCGAUCAGGUGAAGAAGAUUAUCCUAGAAGACACCGGCUCGGACGUCUGGGCUAGUACGCGGAAUAUCCCCCCGACUAACUUCUUGACUCUCUCCGAGAAAGCAGUCGAGCAACUGCGGGCGGUGGACGGGGUGGUGGUUUUGCGGGCUGAGGCGGGGGAUUCUACCCAUUGAUUGAUUAGUUUAGUGGUGGGGAGGGACUGGGACUGUUUUUAGUACUAUCAGUAUGUGUAUGUACUGUGUACAGUAUAGUGUUAUAUGGCCGUAUGGCUUAUGAAGAACAACC